AUGACUGGGUGGACUCCUGGAUCGGGUGAGACUGCGAGACAUCAAACAGAAAACACGCCCGCUAACCCAUUCUACAGCUACACAAAGCCAGACUUCGCAUGGGACAAAUUGUAUGCUCCGUUCAAAGAACAAGGGAGUGAUUGCUUCCUCAUCGUUGCUCCUGGCGGUAUAACAAUGGUCGUCGCGGACCGAGAGGCCAUCAGUCAAAUCACAAGCCGCAGAGACGCCUUCCCGAAGCCGGUGCAUUUCUAUUCUGGCAUCGAUCAAUUCGGCAAGAAUGUGGUAUCAUCCGAAGGCAGCUACUGGAGACAUCAUCGCAAGAUCACCAGUCCACCGUUUAACGAAAAGAACAAUAGUCUCGUCUGGCAGGAGUCGCUUCAUCAGGCUCAAAGCAUGAUGUCCGGAUGGCUGAGCCGUGACAGCAUAACCACUGGGCCUUUGAAGGACAUCGCAUCACAGGCUAUGCGACUCUCCUUGCAUGUGAUCAGUGCCGCCGGGUUUGGUGUCCGUCUGCAAUGGCCGCAUGAACUGGAAGAUAGCGAUAUUCCCGAAGGUCACACAAUGAGCUACAAGGAUGCCCUGUCCACACUGCUGGAGAAUCUGAUCGUGGUGAUGCUGACACCCAAGUGGAUCCUUCGCAACUCGCCUUUGAAGCUCCACAAGGUGGCGAACGAAUGCUACGUGGAAUGGUACAAAUACAUGCGAGAGAUGUACGUCGAGAAGCGUGAGCAGGUUGAGUCUGGUCAAGAUACUGGUGGUAUGGACCUGAUGGGAGCCUUGGUGAAGGGCGCUGGCGUCACAGCGAAGUCUGCGGACGAUGAGAAGAAUGCCGAUCCAGAAAAAGCGGCAGGAAAACCAAAGAAUCAAUUGUUGACGGACGAAGAGAUUCUUGGCAAUGCCUUUGUCUUCAUCUUGGCUGGUCACGAAACGGCAGCCAACACUAUCCACUUCUCUAUCUUGCUUCUGGCGAUGCAUUGGGGCAGCCAGAAGCACCUUCAGGAUGAUCUGGACUCGAUUCUAGGCGACAAACCGAUCUCCGAAUGGGAUUACGACAACGACAUGCCCAGACUCUUUGGCAGCAUGUGUGGCGCAGUGAUGAACGAAGAGCUCCGUUUAAUACCGCCAGUCGUUGGCAUCCCAAAAUCGACAUUGCCAGGCAAACCACAAGGCAUGCAGUUGAACGGUCAACCCAUCACCGUACCAGGAGGCUGUACCAUCACACUUGACACGGUCGCGCUGCACCGGAACCCGAAGUACUGGCCACACGAGAAUGAAGAGGAUCUGCUUGAAUUUAGGCCCGAACGAUGGAUACUCGAUCAAAGCAAACCAAAUGCCAACACGGACGACAACACGUACGCAGAGGAAGAAGGUCUGGACUUCGAGGGUCCCGACAAGCGGCCAGAUACUGCUGCAUCGCUCUUCCGACCGCUCAAGGACUCCUACGUGCCUUUCAGCUCCGGAUACCGAUCUUGUCUCGGACGCCGCUUCGCUCAGGUGGAGAUCUUAGCUGUCCUUGCCGUGAUCUUUAAGACGUGGUCGGUUGAGCUCGAUGUGCGCGACUUCAUGUCAGAUGAGGAGGUUGCAACAGCGAGCGACGAGCAGAAGCGGGAAGCGUGGAACAAGGCUGACGCUCGCGCUCGCGAUCUGCUGCGUAAUGGCAUGAUGACUAUUAUAACGAUUCAGAUGCGGAAGGAUAAGGUGCCGAUGAGGUUCGUUAAGCGUGGGCAUGAGAGGUUCAAGUUUGGUUGA